AAGAAGCGCGUUCUACAACAUUCUAUAAAAUUCUCAAAUAAAACACAAAGAGCUGAUAAGCAACUUCAGUGAAAAUCGCAAAGAUUCCAGCCUUUCCAUUGAUAUUUCAAAUAAAUUGUGUCUGAAUAACCGAAGCAAUGUCCCAGCAAGCGAUUGAUAAUCUCACCUUGGACCUCGAGGAAUUGCGCCGGUUGGCCGAGACUUCUAAACGUACCAAAGUCCAGCAACUGCUCUCCAUCGAUAUUCGCAAACUGGAAACGGAUCUGCAGAACCAAAAGGAACAGCUGGCCAACAAAGAGAAACAGCAGCAGCAACCUUCAGACUCCGUUAAGCCGACUCCUGUUUCCGGUGACUGCAAACGGUACCGCGUGGAGCUGAAGGAGUAUGCCUGGGAUCAGAGUGAUAAGUUUAUCAAAAUUUUUGUCACGGUCAAUGAUGCCCAGCAGGUUCCGGAGGAAAGUGUCAACGUAGAAUUCACGGCCAAUUCGUUCAGUCUGCUCAUCACCAAUCUGAACAACAAGGACUUCACCUUUGUCGUGAACCAUCUGCUUCAGGAUAUCGACCCGGCCAAGAGCUACCGAAAGGUCAAAACUGACAUGGUUGCCAUCUACCUGGCCAAGGUAAAACCGACUAAAUGGAGCCACCUCACGGUGACGGCCAAGCGCAUUGCCGACCUCAAGGCGGACCAGAUGAGCGAGAAAACGAAGGAAACCGAAGCGGAUCCAUCAGCCGGACUGAUGAAGAUAAUGCAGCAGCUGUACGACAGCGGUGAUCCGGAAACGAAACGGAUGCUGAACAAGGCCUGGCACGAGUCCCAGAACAAGCAAUCCGAACUGAAGGGCGCUUCCUUCGUGGAGUGAACUUUGGGUGCUUACUUAAUAAGAGUAUUCUACUAUAUACAUCUAUAUCCCUUGAGAAGUAUAAUAAGAAUUGAUACAAAUCUAAAAUCAGAAACUGUUCGUCUAAGUACAUAAUAUGCAUUUCAAUAAACUAUAUUAAUCAUAA